GGAAGUCGAGGCGCUCGGUGGAGGCUGACGCUUCGGUUUCUGGCGUGAAAAUAGUGAAGAACGAGCACGUUUUUGUCGCCUUCCUCCUCCAAGAGUUGAUAUUAUGCUGCAUCACCUAAAGAACGGCUCGAAGAUGCGAGAGUGUGGCAUGCAGAAGGGGGACCGAGUAGCUCUGCAGAGUCGCUCUGCUGCUCUGUGCAAGCAGCUGGUGGUGGAUGAGCUGCUCAUUCAGUGUCUGCUGGAAGACAACAUCCUCACGGACAGCAUGGCGGAGAGCAUCUUGGCCGAGCAAACGUCCCAGAAGCGAAGCUUCCGUCUGCUGCUGCUCCUUCCCAAGCGAGGGCCGCAAGCCUUCAGCAGCUUCUGCUCGGCGCUGAGAGAAACUGAGCAGCGACACCUGUGCGAGCUGCUCACACAGUCGCAGGAAAAGAAUGGCAAAGAGACACAAAGUUUUCAGACUGAGGAGGAGUCCGAAGGACGGGCAGGACGGCAGCUAAUGCAGACAUCGGACAGGAGGAAAGAGAGCAAUUGCGAAUCCUCUCUUCCACUUUCCACUCAAGAGGAAAUCGCAGCCAAACGAGCGAGGACAUAUGAGUCCAUGGAGUACAGCCUGGAUGCAGACAGCCCCAUCACCACUCCUGUGCUCCCUUGCACACAUGACCUCUACCUCUCUCAAUGCCAAAAGUCCUAUAUAAUGACUUCAUCCCCGCGUGGUUUAGCCCUGGUGAUCAGCAAUGUGACGUUUGACCCACACACCACACCUGACCUUGACCCCAGGAAGGGAGGCGAGGUGGACGACGAGGUGCUCAGGAAGGUCUUCAAAGAUCUGGACUACGUGGUGACAGUCUGUAGAGACCUGACGGCUGAGGAAAUGAGAACUUGCAUCGAGACCUUCCGCAGGCGUCCAGAGCACCGCACUGUGAACAGCUGCGUGGUGUGUCUGCUCUCCCACGGCGUGGAAGGAGCCGUUUACGGCACAGAUGGCCAGCUCCUGAAGCUCGAGUGGGUGUUUGAGGCCUUCGAUAAUGUUCGCUGCCCGCUGCUACAGAACAAACCCAAGAUGUUUUUCAUCCAGGCCUGCAGAGGAGAGGAGCUGGACUGUGGAGUGGAGCAGAUGGAUGGGCCAGGAAGGAGCAACUCACCCAGCUGUGAACAGCGAGAUGCUGGGCGAGAAGGUCCUGGGGGGGCCGGUGCCAGACAGGGAGGCGGAGAUUUAGGACUGCCCAGAAUUAAACUGCCCCAGCGGUCUGACAUGAUCUGCGGCUUUGCCUCUCUCAAAGGUCAGAGAAUUUGCACGGCGGCCAUGCGCAACACCAAGCGAGGAUCCUGGUUCAUCCAAGAGCUCAACUCCACCCUCCGCCUCCAUGCCAGAGACACUCACUUGGCAGACAUCCUGGUGCAGGUCAACGGGCGAAUCAAAGAGCGUGAGGGUUACGCCCCCGGCACGCCCCACCAUCGCUGCAAAGAGAUGUCCGAAUUCACCAGCUCGCUGUGCAAAGACCUCUACCUUUUCCCAAAAUACCAGCCGCACUGUUCAUAAUGCACUUGCACUUGCACGCACACACACACACACACACACACACACACACACACGCACGCACACGCACACACACACACACACACCAUUCCCGCCAGCGUGCGCACACUUUCCCUCAUUCCAAGCGUAUUAUUGCCACACACUCGAGCAUUCCAGCGUUGCAAGUUGACACAUACACACACUGACAUCCAAACAUUUAUUCAUUCACAUUUUCUAUGCUAAUACUGCCUCAGCAAAAUUCCAAACACACAGAGAUGUCGGAGGAGAGCUUAUGCUAAUUGACGUGUAAAGACAUCUCACAGUGUACAAUUCAGCAACGUAUCAGUGUGUCGAGCGUGUUAAUCCCUCGCGUGGGUAUAAUUGUAAAAUGUAUUUUCUACACAGAUCUAUUUUUGUUUUAUUUUGUAUGACCUCGAUUUAUUAGGAUUUUGUAAAUUAACCCCGCAUUUUAAUGUUUGUUAAGCUUCACCGUCAGUUGUCAUGUUGCAGUGAGAGGCAGGGGGGAGCAUUGAGUAAAGAGGUUAGUGUAGCAGUCUCCACACCAAAUAGAAAGUACUUAAGCAUUCCGAAAUGUUUUCUAUCAUGACGGUGUCCCUUAUAUAGAGUCAAAUCCCUUUAACAUGCUUUUAUUUGUAAGAUGUUUGUGUUGUAAAUACUUUGCUUUUAAACGUAAAUGUCAGGGGAAUGUUUGGUGCUAUUCCUUGGGCCGUAUAACUACAGUGUGAACUUUGAUCUUUACACUAACGCUGACAACUAAUCAUGCGCCUCACGGAGGGGGGUGCUACGCAUUUAGUGACACACCCACUCAACCUUUGGAGUUUAUUAUUUUGUUAUGUCAUUGUAUGCGAUACAGUGACAAAUGUACAUCUUAUGUCUUCCUGAAAGUUUAAAGAAUAUGCAGUUUGUCAUAAUAACUGGUUGGUCUCACAUUCUACUGAACCACCAUCCAGAGUCUAAGAUUCAGCAUUUGUCAAUGCUGGUUGUGUAUUGAUGUUUCCAAGAAAAGCUAGGGGCUUUAGAAGCAAUAUGUUUGGGUACAGUGUUGUGGAGGAAGAUACUAUAUUGUAUAUUGGAAGCAGUAUUGAUUUGUGACCGGAGAGGCUUUUAAAGGGGUCAAUUCAUGUGUUCACCCUUCUUGAGUAUUUGUUUUAAUGAUAGGAAAAGAAUGGUGAAAAGGUGACCGCACAGCAAGAGGAUGUGAUUUGCUGCCAAACUCUUGUGCGGGGGCGGGAGGCGGAAAGAUUUAUUUCUGUCAUUGCUGAUGACUGCCAAAUCUUCCUUACAAUAAACAAGCUCAUGUUUAUCAACAAGAAAAGUGUCAUUUCACCACCACCCUCACC